CACGCGGUGCAAAACACCCACAACACACGCAGCAUUCGGUAAUACGUGUCAUCGAGCGCGCGCAUUGCAAACUCAAUAAACUUUCAUGGGGUCUUUUGAUGUCGAGCACCCAUGGCAUCGUUUUCAGAGGAGUGUAGGUUUCUAGACUGUUUUAAAAGGAAACGUGUUAAAAUAACCCUGCUCGAUACACAAGUCAUAGCGGUUAUACAGCGCAUUAAUCUGAACAAGACGGUGAUUCUAGAGGAUGUAUAUGAAGUGCAAACCGGGAGGAAAUUUCCAGGUGUUAAACUCAUUUUUGGACACGACAUCGUUAAAGUUGAAUUUCACUUUCCCGUGAAUCAUGACAACCUGUGCAGUGUUGAUGACGCGCACAAGACAACAUUUCAGUCUCUUGGAAACGGGACAAUACUGGAUGAUGUUGUUGAACACGAGGACUCUAUGAACUAUGUGCUUAUAGAUGAACUUCAGGAGAAGUUUGGUCCAGCAGUUACACACAUCCAAGAACAAAAAGUGAUAGGAAUUGGAGCGAACUUUUUUGGACCGGUCGAGCAAGAGAGACUUUGUUGGUUGCAGGUUGCCACUAAGAACGUAGUGUACAUUUUUGAUAUCCUUUUGCUUGGCGCAAGAGCAUUUAAAAAUGGACUGUGCAUGAUUCUGGAAAAACGCCACAUCCUAAAGGUCACGCAUGACUGCCGAUGGAUUGUGAGAUGUCUACGAGCACAGUUUAAUGUGAAUCUUACUAAUGUGUUUGAUACACAGGUUGCUGAUCUAAUGCUUUUCUACAAGGACACAGGAGGCUUUCUACCGAACAGGGUCAGCACUCUGCAAGAGGUGGUCAGAAUUCAUCUAAAAGUGCCUGUAAACAAACUUUCUCCUCUCUGGAUCAAAGAACAGUGCACUGAGGAGAACCCAGAGGUCUGGUAUAUUCGUCCUUGUCCACCUGUCCUGUUGAAGAUCAUGGCUGUGUCAGUCGUUCAUCUGCUUCCUCUGCGCUUGGUUUUAUUGGAUGCCCUUAUGUCCGACUACACAAUCCUCGUCGAUUCCUACAUGAGCAGCUACCAAAACAAAUCUGUUCACAUGCUGCAUGAUGGCAAGCAGAAUGAAGUUGAGCUCCCCGAAGAAAUGCAAGAAUUGGAGGCAGUACGACAGGAACGCAUGAAGUGGGCUAGUCAUUGCUACUUGGUUACUGAUGAUGGCCUUCUGGACCGUUCCAGCUUUAAAUCGUGAAGUCUGUCUGUCCUGGGAUUUUCCAGUCAAUGCCACUGCAAUUCCCUUUAAAUGGCAUGUUAAAGGGAUAGUUCACCCCAAAAUAAUUUAUAAUCACUUAACCCCAUGUCGUUCCAAACUAGGGCUGCAUAACAAGUAAUCGCAACUAAUCAGUUUUGUAUAAAACAACGUUUUACUUUCUUAAAAUGAUACAUGCAUGUGUGUGUGUUUAUAUAAUUAUUAAACACAGUACACACACAUGUAUGAUGUUAACAAAAACAUUUGUUCUGCUAAAGAUUAGUUGAGAUUAAUUGUUUUUGUCAAAAUUCUGUCAUCAUUCUGGAUUUUUUUGUGACGUCUUUCAUUCUUUUCUGGGCUUGAAAUAGUGUCGAUUGAAUAGCAGUCUAUUUUUGGGUAAACUGUACCUAUAAUGAUAAAGAGAAAAGGUGACAUUUUUUUGGUUAUUUGGUCAGUCUGCCAUACGCUGAAAUGUUAAGGAAAAGCUAAAAUAUUGUAACUUUGUACAUUUUUGUUUAUAUUGAUAUCUUAACAUUUGUAAACAUUUUGUAAAAUAUCAAAAUGUGAUACUUUAGUAGUUAAUAGUGCAUCUAAUGUUUGUGAAGUACUGUAAUGCAUGAGCAGUAUAUUAAUUUAAUGUAAAAUUCAGAUUUCUGUUCAUUCUACAAUAUGAAGUCAUGUUUUCAUACAAAAUAAAGAUAAUAAAUAAAGACCUUACAUAAUAAA